UGGACCAAUUUAGCCCUUUCUGUUUGUCGUAAAGCACCCUACACUACCUUGCGUUCCCUCCCAUGCUCAGUUUCUCUGCUUCCCGUUCAGUUAGUGGCUGACUUUCAAGGGAAGUGUCAGGACUGACGAAAUUGCAUUGGGCUGAAGAGCUAAGAUAAGGCUUGAGACCAGAAGAAAAUUUAGUAUCUACUAGAAACACUCGUCUCCCAUAAACUGUGUUGAGAGGCCCGGAGGAGACAAAGUCAUACGGUGAAAUUCCAGCUACAGGCAUGGAGAACUUAUAUUCUGCAAAGCAUCCCAGUGGAGGAACCGUUUGCUGUCUCUGUCUGCAGCCCUGUCAACAUCUAACCAUCCAACCGUGUGGGCAUCAUUUUUGUCAAGCUUGUUCAAGCCAAUCUUGGGAGGAAGAGUUAAAGGGGAAAAUUGCCUGCUCUGUUUGCCAAGACUUUUUUCUGAAAAUGAAACCUGGAUCAAAAGAACCGCUUAGGAAAGGGACCACCGGAUCGAUGGUGGUCGACGAAACAAAGCAGGUGGAUCCGAGUCUCUGUGAGAUACACAAGGAAGACCUAAAUCUCUUUUGUGUGGAAGAUCAAGUCCCCCUUUGCUCAGUCUGCAGAAAAUCCUGGGAUCAUAUGGCACACAACAUCAUUCCCAGGAACCAGGAAGCAAAGACAGAAAACCAGGGGACUGGAAGUCCAUACAGAGGAUGGGGGGAUGAAUGUCCAAACUCAGAGGCAAACCGUCCCGCUGUUGUGGGAUACGCAAAUGACACAGUUGCCUUCCAAGGGAAAGAGCUGCUUGAUGGGAACCAGAAGGAUGAUCCAGAAAAAGUCAAGCUGUUUGACCUCGACUUGGAAGAAAAGCAAGAAGAAGGAAAUAAUUCAACCUCCAGUGGACAGAACUCUAUCACAUGGAUCGUUUUGAUACUCUUCAUCAUUCAGAUCGCAGGCUUGGUGACAACCAUCUUCGUUUUUACAAAGGCUAAAGCUGACCUGCCGGCCUCGGCUGCAGUCACCGGGACCGCACCUUGCUGCCCAUCGGGUUGGACCAUGAACCAAGGGAACUGCUAUCAUGUCUUGGAACUGGAAGGGACUUGGGAGGCCGGCCAGCACCACUGUUCUUCUCUCGGGACCUCCCUGGCUGUGUUCGUCAACUUAGAGAAACUGAGUGAUGCAAUGAAUGACAAAAGUCCUGACAACCACUGGAUUGGCCUCCUGAGAGAACCAGAAGAAAGCUGGAAAUGGACAGAUGGGACUCCGUUCAACAACCUCUUUGAAAUAAGAGGAGAUGGACAGUGUGCGUACCUAACCCAUGGGGCUGUGAGUAGUGCGGACUGUUCGGUCAAGAAGAAGUGCCUCUGCAGCCAGAGUGUGAAGAUAAACCAUGGUCACUGCCGAGGGACGUGAAAUUCUAGAAGCUGGCUAUGCAUCAAAGGAACUUGCAAUGCUUUCCUGUGCUCCAAGCUGCCACUCUUUGUCUUAUGUUUGUGUGCAGUGAUAAAUGCUCAUAUGUUACCAAUGCAAAUGA